GACUGGUAACUGCACACAUACGGCCUAGCAACCAACUCUGGCCAACUGUUUUAGAUCUCUUAGUUGGGACCGGACGCAUGCCCUUGGACCUGAGCUCGUGUCUAUCUGCCUCAGUUAGCACAGACAGAGGACUAUUAUGGACUGGUAACUGCACACAUACGGCCUAGCAACCAACUCUGGCCAACUGUUUUAGAUCUCUUAGUUGGGACCGGACGCAUGCCCUUGGACCUGAGCUCGUGUCUAUCUGCCUCAGUUAGCACAGACUAUUAUGGACUGGUAACUGCACACAUACGGCCUAGCAACCAACUCUGGCCAACUGUUUUAGAUCUCUUAGUUGGGACCGGACGCAUGCCCUUGGACCUGAGCUCGUGUCUAUCUGCCUCAGUUAGCACAGACAGAGGACUAUUAUGGACUGGUAACUGCACACAUACGGCCUAGCAACCAACUCUGGCCAACUGUUUUAGAUCUCUUAGUUGGGACCGGACGCAUGCCCUUGGACCUGAGCUCGUGUCUAUCUGCCUCAGUUAGCACAGACAGAGGACUAUUAUGGACUGGUAACUGCACACAUACGGCCUAGCAACCAACUCUGGCCAACUGUUUUAGAUCUCUUAGUUGGGACCGGACGCAUGCCCUUGGACCUGAGCUCGUGUCUAUCUGCCUCAGUUAGCACAGACAGAGGACUAUUAUGGACUGGUAACUGCACACAUACGGCCUAGCAACCAACUCUGGCCAACUGUUUUAGAUCUCUUAGUUGGGACCGGACGCAUGCCCUUGGACCUGAGCUCGUGUCUAUCUGCCUCAGUUAGCACAGACAGAGGACUAUUAUGGACUGGUAACUGCACACAUACGGCCUAGCAACCAACUCUGGCCAACUGUUUUAGAUCUCUUAGUUGGGACCGGACGCAUGCCCUUGGACCUGAGCUCGUGUCUAUCUGCCUCAGUUAGCACAGACAGAGGACUAUUAUGGACUGUCCCUCUCCUGUCUGUUUCUAUCCCUCCAUCCUUCUCUCCUACCUUUCCCUGUUAGCAGCAUGGUUCUGUCUGCAGCCAGGCUGCACCUCCUCGGGGGCAUUCGGCUUGGUGCCUGGGGGCAGCACCUCCUCAGGGGCAGUCGGCUUGGUGCCUGGGGGCAGCACCUCCUCAGGGGCAGUCGGCCUGGUGCUUUGGGGCAGCACCUCCUCAGGGGCAUUGGAUCAGUUCACACCGAUGCCGAGGGGUUCCAGGAGAAGGAGAUCAGAGAGAAACUCCAAGCUUUCCCUGGGGGAUCUAUAGACCUUGUCAAACAGGAGUCGGGCAUCGCGGUACUGACCGUCAACAACCCUGCCCGCAUGAACGCUUUCUCUGGUUCCAUGAUGGUGGAGCUGGAGGAGAGGGUGUCCCAGCUAGAGGAGUGGACGGAGGGCAAAGGUCUCAUCAUCCAUGGGGCUGCUGGGACAUUCUGCUCUGGGUCAGACCUCAACGCAGUCAGGGCUAUAUCCAACCCUCAGGAUGGGAUGAAGAUGUGCACGUUCAUGCAGAAUGCCCUGACCAGACUACUGAGGCUACCCCUGUUGUCUGUAGCUCUGGUGGAAGGGAACGCACUGGGGGGAGGAGCUGAACUCACUACUGCCUGUGACUUUAGGUUGAUGGCGCCAGGCAGUGUGAUCCAGUUUGUCCAUAAACACAUGGGUCUGGUCCCUGGUUGGGGCGGUGGAGCUAGAUUGGUACGCAUCGUAGGAGGCCAGAACGCCCUGAAGAUGCUGGGUGGCGCUUUGAAAAUAGACCCAGAGAUGGGGCUUCAGAUUGGGCUUGCGGACGGGGUCCUGGCUGGGUCUGGAGCCAAUGCCCUCCUGGAGGCAGAGCAGUGGUUGGGAUGCUACACCGCGGGUCCAGCCCCGGUCAUCAGAGCCAUAAAGAGCGUGGUGGUGUCUGGGAGAGAGCUCCCCCUGGAGGUGGCCCUGAGGACUGAGAGGGACGUGUUCGGGACAGUGUGGGGAGGACCGGCUAACCUACAGGCUCUGGCCACUAAGGCCAAACACAAGUGAAUUAACUAAUUUUGCGAUUACAUUGUAGUCUCGUCCUAAUGUUCUGGAGAAACCUAGAACGUCUGGAGUGGAAGUCGUGAACCAACCCACACCGAGACUGAACUGGAACACGAGGAUGGGCUGUAGAGGGUCUGAACUCAACCAGAACACACUGAACUAGUGUAUUCAUUCUGACAAUUCUGUUGUUAAAAAAAAAAGGGUCUCUUAAAAACAGAAGCAAACGAAGCCUACUUGUACUAUAGUUUUAGUUGGGAAACGUUUUGAACCCAUUAGACAGAAUGAAUAUAUCCCUGGACUGUGCUCUGGGAGUUUGACCCAAUGACAGAUUUAUAUUGCUGUGUUGUGAGUGACCACUAACAAUCAAUUAUUUCAGUGAAGGAAUUGUUGUCGACUGUUGGGACAAUCUAAAAGUGGUGAUGUAAUGUGUAUCAGUGGAGAGUCCGAUAUGACACUAGUUGUGUUGAUGUGAAGAUGGUAUUGUGCCUUUUGACCUUUGUGGCUCUACUACAGUCCAUUAACACCGGGCGACCCAACGCCAGGGGGCGACCCAACGCCAGGGGGCGACCCAACGCCAGGGGGCGACCCAACGCCAGGGGGCGACCCAACGCCAGGGGGGCGACCCAACGCCAGGGGGCGACCCAGGGGGCGACCCAACGCCAGGGGGGGACCCAACGCCAGGGGGCGACCCAACGCCAGGGGGCGACCCUCUUCAUUACAAUGCAAGCUUGAUGUAGAAAAAAACAAAAACACGAGUGCCCACAUUUCUUAGUCUCUUCCACAAUGUCUUCCAUUGUACUACAAUUACAUGUCAAUGACUAAACAUAUGACAAAAACAA